AUGAUCUCCCUGCUGCUUCUGCUGCUAUUUCUGCAGCUGACGCCCCAUGGAGUCUGUGGGAACCAGGAGGUGAAAAGCCAAUUGAGUCUGAAGACGGAACCAAGGGAAGCACUCAAUUACUACCGGCCUGGAGACUUCCUCAUUAGCGGGAUCACAACUCCAAAGAAAUAUUUUGCACAACAUCCAUUCAACUUUUCCCAGGUCCCCUUCACCAGUUUUGUUACUGUGACAAAUAGGUUGUACUGGCACAUCUUGUCCUACUUGUUCGCCAUCCAGGAGAUCAACAGGGAUCCCAGGCUCUUGCCUAACAUCUCAUUGGGAUACAACCUCUAUGAGAACUAUUUCGAUGCCAGGAUGACUUCCGAUGCCAUGUUGAACCUGCUUGCAGGUGGGCAGAGCAGCCUUCCAAACUAUAGUUGUGGAAAACGGAACAGCCUCUUGGCUGUUCUUGAAGGGACUGAUCCUGUAAUUUCAAAAGAGAUUUCAGCCAUCUCAGGCAUCUACAAAAUCCCACAGAUCAGUUUUGUUGCUCAGGUUCUUGAGGAUAAAACCCAGUUCUCUUUUGUCUACCGGAUGGUCCCCAAAGAGGAGGAACAGUGCCUGGGGAUUGUCAAGCUGCUCCUGCACUUCAGAUGGACCUGGAUCAUCCUCUUUAUUCCAGAUGAUGACAGUGGAGAAAGGUUUCUUCACCAUUUCCUGAGAGAAAUCCGGUUUCUGAACACUUCCAUGGGUGGGCUGCAUUUGGAUGAGAAGGGGAAGCUGCCAGCCACCUACGAUAUCGAGAACUGGGUGAUGUUUCCCAAUGAGUCUCGGGUCAGAGUGAAAGUGGGGAAUGCAGAUCAUUGCACCAAAUGUCCAGAAGAUCAAUAUCCAAAUAAGGACCAAGAUCAGUGUAUCCCAAAGAUCAUAACCUUCCUGGCUUAUGAAGAACAUUUGGGGAUCCUCUUGCCUUCCUUUGCCCUAUUCUUAUCCUUAAUUACAGGCUGUGUGUUAGGAAUCUUCAUUAAAUUCCUUGAAACUCCAAUAGUGAAAGCCAACAACAGGGACCUCUCCUAUAUCCUUCUUGUCUCCCUCCUGCUCUCCUUUUUGUCCUCCUUCCUGUUUAUUGGCCGGCCAAAGAAAGUGACCUGCCUUCUACGACAAAUGGCCUUCAGCAUCAUCUUCUCAGUUGCCGUCUCUUCUGUAUUGGCAAAAACCAUCACUGUGGUGCUAGCCUUCCUGGCUACAAAGCCAGGGAACAAAGCGAGGAGAUGGCUGGGGAAGAGUCUGGCCAACUCCAUUGUCAUUUCCUGUUCCAGUGUCCAAGUUGUCAUCUGCACCAUCUGGCUGGGCAUCUCUCCCCCAUUCCCAGACUCCGACAUGCACUCCCAGCCUGGAGAGAUCAUCCUGCAAUGCAAUGAAGGGUCUGUCGCCAUGUUUUAUGUUUCCCUCAGCUACAUGGGCUUCCUUGCUGCCAUCUGCUUCACGGUGGCUUUCCUGGCCAGGAAGCUGCCUGGGGCCUUCAAUGAAGCCAAGCUGAUCACCUUCAGCAUGCUGGUUUUCUGCAGUGUUUGGGUGUCCUUUGUGCCCACCUACCUGAGCACGAAGGGGAAAUACAUGGUAGCCGUGCAGGUCUUCUCCAUCUUGGCUUCCAGUGCUGGGCUCCUGGGCUGCAUCUUCAUCCCGAAGUGCUACAUUAUUGUACUUAGGCCUGAUCUGAAUACAAAGGAGCACUUGACCACAAAAAUGAAGGAUGUCAUCUGA